GCCCAGAAACCUAACGUGUUGUGUGAUGAAUCAGUGAGAGUGAGAGGAGCUGCUGAAGCUUCCUCCUCUUCAGAUGCUGAAGUGCUGUUUUCCCUCUUUAAUGUUCAGAUGAGCUGAACAAACAUGGAGCUUCUUCCUCUCGUGUGUCUCUGUCUCCUGACUUGGUCUGGAACAACGUUUGCUGAUGGAAACGGUCCAGGUGUCGUGACUGUGGCCGUGGCAGAAGGGAGUGAAGCUGUUUUACCCUGUUCCCUCAGCACCAGGCAGAACAUCGAGCAGAAGGUGUUUGACUGGAAGAAAGAUGUGAAGAAGGAGGUGUUCCUGUACGCUGCUGGCCAGCAUUACAACAAGGGCCGAACAGGUCAAGACGAACAGUUCAAAGGACGAGUUUUUCAUUUUGAAGAUGAGCUGAAGAACGGCAACGCCUCCAUAAAGAUCCACAAUACAAAGAUGGCCGACAGCGGAAGUUACACCUGUACUUUCCCUAAUACAGCAGAACCAGAAUCCCACGUUAAACUUGUUGUAGGUGCAGCUCCAGAACCAUCUGUUGCAACACUUAAUCAAACAAUAGACUGGGCUCUGCUGCAGUGUGUUGUUCGAGGAGCUUCUCCCAAACCUAAAGUAGAGUGGCAGGACGGUUCUGGAAACAUCCUUCCUGCUGAGGAACCACAGGUCUCUGAAAGAGGAGGACGUUACGACAUCAUCCUCCAAACUACUGUGACCAAGACUGACCGCUAUCGCUGUGUCGCCACACAGGAGGAAAUCAACCAUCAGGUUCAUUCUGAUACCUAUGUGCUUAUGAAUGACCGAAGAGAAGAAAACAACUCAGGUGAGUCCUGAUUCUCUACAUUAUGAUUAAAUGAACAUUGUGACAUUAUCAGCUUCAUAAAAGUCGACUUUACAGUGGAACAGUUGAAUUGGAUUGCAGUAGAUUGUACGUGUGUCUGUACCUAAUAAAGUGCACACUGAGUCUGUCACUGACACAGUUCAGCCCUGAUAACACAAUCUUCCUACUAAUGAAGAACACGUGUCAGAAAGAGGAGGAUGCUGCAACAUGAGCCUCCUCACUACUGUGAGCAAAACCAGAACCAAGCUCUGAGCUGAGCAGCCGAGCAGGAGGAGAGUGGACAGAA